CAUAGCUACGCAAGCUACUGAUCAAAAUGACAUUAUCGAGAUUCACAGCCAGGGCAACCGCCCGCGCCGCAUCGACAUCAACCUCAGCGUCGCCGAUGACCAAGGCCGCGGGCGACAUCUCCAGUGUGUUCCCCAGCUUGCGGCCCGACUACAAACCAGAGCCCUUGCCAUCGCGAUUCCGCGAUCUAAAACUUCAAUACUUCGAGAAGAACGAAGAAGCAUUGAAGCAAAGCUGGAAGCGACUCCUCUCCAGUCUCGAGGAAGAAGUCCACAAGAUCAAGUUGAAGGGCAGCGAGAUUAUCCCUUCCGUUAGAUACACCGAUGUCGUCAACGGCACCGUUCCCGAGUCCACUCUCGCCGAGAUCCGGCACCGUGGCUCCGUAGUCAUCCGGGAGGUCGUCCCGCGCUCGCAAGCCCUAACCUGGAAGACGCAGAUCCAAGAGUACAUCGCGGCCAACCAAGAGCGCGUUAAAGCCUUCCCCGCCGACUCACCCGCGGUGUACGAGCUGUACUGGACGCCGUCGCAAGCGGCGGCGCGCAGCGACGCCCACCUGCUCACGACGCAGCGCUUCCUCCAGCAACUGUGGCACUCGUCGGACGCGAGCACGCGCAUCUCGACCCGCAACCCGCUCACCUACGCGGACCGGCUGCGCAUCCGCCAGCCCGGCGACGCCAAGUUCACGCUGGGCCCGCACAUCGACGGCGGCUCGCUUGAGCGCUGGGAGGACCCGGAGUACGCGCGCGUCUACGCGCCCAUCCUGGCCGGCCGGUGGGAGGAGUACGACCCCUGGGACGCCAAGCACCGCGUCGCCGCCCAGAUGGACCUCUACAACGGCGCGGGCGCCUGCUCGAUGCUGCGCUUCUUCCAGGGCUGGCUCUCCAUGUCGCACACCGCGCCGGGCGAGGGCUCCCUGCACGUCUGCCCCAUGCUGCGCCACAGCUCCGCCUACACCAUCCUCCGGCCCUUCUUCGAUGGCAAGACCGGCCAGCCCAUGCUCGACAACGCCUUCCCCGGCUCCGUGCCGGGCGCGUGUCAGGAGUACAACCCGCUCACCCACCCGCACCUCGCCCUCGAGGCCACCAUGGUCUCGGUCCCGGAGGUCCAGCCGGGCGACUACGUCGCCUGGCACUGUGAUUCGCUGCACUCGGUCGACAGGGAGCAUCGCGGGUCCGGGGACUCCAGCGUCAUGUAUAUCCCUGCCACGCCCAUGUGUGAGAUGAACGUCGCGUAUCUGGUCAAGCAGCGGCAGGCGGCGCUGUCAUACUCCCCGCCGUGGGAUUUCCCGGGAGCUGGCGGCGCGGGUGAGGCGGGCUUCAAGGGGGCUCUAGAUUGGCAAACUAUCAGUCCCGAGGGUCGAAGGGCGAUGGGUCUGGGUGAAAGUCCUUGGGAGGUGACGGCAGAUAUGAGUGAGGGCGAGAAGGCGGUGGUGAGGGUUGCGAAUGAGAUUUGUUUCGGGCGGACGUGA